UUUUCAAUCCGGCAGCACUCAUUACUCUGCGUACAAAACGAUUGAGCACCAGAUUGCAGUUCAGUAUCUGCAGAUGAAAUGGCCACUGCUCGAUGUCCAAGCAGGAAGCCUCCAGAGCAGACAAGCCCUCAAGGAUGCCCGCUCACCAUCGCCCGCACACAUCGUGCAGAGCCCCCUUCCUUGCUGCACUCAGGGACAUGCCUGUCAGCACUUCUACCCCCCCUCAGACUUCGCUGUCAGCACGCAAGUCUUCAGGGACAUGAAAAGCAGCCACUCCUUACAAAAGGUUGGGGAGCCCUGGUGUCUGGAGUCGAACAAAGUACCGGUGGUGCAGCACCCCCACCAUGUCCACCCACUCACGCCUCUCAUCACCUACAGCAACGAACACUUCACCCCGGGAAAUCCACCUCCACACUUACCAGCUGAUGUAGACCCCAAGACAGGAAUCCCACGGCCUCCGCACCCUCCAGAUAUCUCUCCAUAUUACCCGCUGUCGCCCGGCACCGUAGGACAAAUCCCCCAUCCGCUAGGAUGGUUAGUACCACAGCAAGGUCAGCCUGUGUACCCAAUCACGACAGGAGGGUUCAGACACCCCUACCCCACAGCGCUGACAGUCAACGCUUCUAUGUCUAGGUUCCCUCCCCACAUGGUCCCUCCCCAUCACACUCUUCACACGACCGGCAUCCCCCAUCCGGCCAUCGUCACACCAACAGUCAAGCAGGAAUCCUCACAGAGUGACGUCGGCUCGCUUCAUAGCUCAAAGCAUCAGGACUCCAAAAAGGAAGAAGAAAAGAAAAAGCCCCACAUAAAGAAGCCCCUCAACGCGUUCAUGUUGUAUAUGAAGGAAAUGAGAGCGAAGGUGGUGGCCGAGUGCACACUGAAGGAAAGUGCAGCUAUUAACCAGAUCCUCGGGCGCAGGUGGCACGCCCUGUCCAGGGAAGAGCAAGCGAAGUACUACGAGCUGGCCCGGAAGGAACGACAGCUUCACAUGCAGCUGUACCCUGGCUGGUCUGCGCGGGAUAACUAUGGGAAGAAGAAGAAGAGGAAAAGGGACAAGCAGCCGGGUGAGACCAAUGAACACAGCGAAUGUUUCCUAAAUCCUUGCCUUUCACUUCCUCCGAUCACAGACCUGAGCGCUCCUAAGAAAUGCCGAGCGCGCUUUGGCCUUGAUCAACAGAAUAACUGGUGCGGCCCCUGCAGGAGAAAAAAAAAGUGCGUUCGCUACAUACAAGGUGAAGGCAGCUGCGUCAGCCCACCCUCUUCAGAUGGAAGCUUACUAGACUCGCCUCCCCCAUCCCCGCAUCUGCUAGGCUCCCCUCCCCAAGACGCCAAGUCACAGACUGAGCAGACACAGCCACUCUCGCUGUCACUGAAGCCUGACCCUCUGGCCCACCUGUCCAUGAUGCCACCGCCACCUGCGCUCCUGCUGGCUGAAGCUGCCCACGGCAAGGCCUCCACCCUCUGUCCCAACGGAGCCCUGGACCUGCCACCCGCUGCCCUGCAGCCACCCAUGGUCCCCUCUUCAUCGCUCACACAGCCGUCAACAUCUUCCUUACAUUCCCACAACUCUCUGGCUGGGACCCAGCCCCAGCCUCUGUCUCUGGUGACCAAGUCUUUAGAGUAGCUACACCUCGUCCACUGUCCCCUGCUUGAUUGACGUGUGUCCUCCUGGUUCUUGGUUUGCCCUUCCCCAUAUUGGAAAGCUUUUGUUUUGUACUUUUAAUUUUGUGCCUCUGUGGCUUACAUGAGUUGAUGUUUAUCGAGUUCAUUGGUCAAUAUUUGACCCAUUCUUAUUUCAAUUUCUCCUUUUAAAUAUGUAGAUGAGAGAAACCUCAUGAUUCUACCAAAAUUUUUAUCAACAGCUGUUUAAAGUCUUUGUAGCGUUUAAAAUAUAUAUAUAUAUACAUAACUGUUAUGUAGUUUGGAUAGCUUAGUUUGAAAAGACUGAUUAAAAAGCAAAAAGAAGAAAAAAAGAGAGAGAAGCCGUUUCGAAGCACCCUCCAGAAGGAGUUGGUUCUGUAUUAUUUGUAUUAAAUACGAGCUUGCGAACCAAUCACUUUACAUCUCGGUUUUUAAACCACGAGGGCACAAUGAAUGCAGUGCCAUUUCUUUCCUUUUCUUUCUUUCUUUUUUUUUUCCUGUGUGAAACAACUUUUAUUGUGAUGUUACUUGUUAUUGUUUAAAUGUACAGAAACAAAGGGUUAAAAUGUGUUAAUAUACCUUGUUCCAUGGUGUUGUUCUUUUGGGGGGAGGGGGACGCUACUCAACAAUGAAUGGAAUCAGCGCUGUUGGACCAGUAGUAUUUAUUGCUUUAGAGAUUGCUUGUACCUGUACGUCCGUCCCUUUAAAAUAUGUUUUACUUUUUUUUGAAACUGUAUAAAGCCCACCCCCCCUUAGCAUAAGCAUCUUAUAUAUAACAACUCAUUUGUACAAGGUUUUUAAGUUUAUAUAUAAAAUGUGUAUAUAUUUUUUUGUUUCCUUUUUUUUUGACUUUUGUUUGUUUGUUUGUUUUUGUUUGUUUCUGUAUAAAACCCAGAUGCCACCAAAUGGACAUUAAUAGUUGCAUUAAAGAUCAGUAGCAUUAACAAAAGUUGCUUUAAAAGCCAUUAUGUAAACCAAGACUUGAACAGUAGUGAGAGAAUCUGAGCAGCUGUCUGAGCAGCCGUGGGAACCGCCCUGUUUCCCCCCCACCUCCUAGUCAAUUGCCCUGUGCUCUUAGAACAUGGACUGACCGCGUGCAAAACUUUUAUGUGCCAAAACUCUCAGUGACUUUAGCUUUCUCCCUCUUUUCUGAUGCUGUACUUUCUGUUCGCCAUGUUUUGCUGUGAUGUUACAUAGAUAGAUUUGUAUGUAGUUUUAAUGUCACCUAUAACAAAAUGUGUUUGGUAGCAGACUGUCCAGAAAGCAUUUUAAAUGAAGAGGUCUAAACCCUUAAGGGCCAAAAAUUCUGUAUAUUAGAUUACUCUUAAAUGAAAAAAAAUAGAAAAAAAAGAAAAAAAAACCAGCUGCCGCUUUUAUGUACGCAUAUUACAUACGAGUAGGCGGUGACCUUAACACAGGAGAACCUAGGCAUGCUGAUGUUGUCAAAUCCUGUAUAAAGCUGAGACCUGUUCCUCCAGUGCCAUCGUAGUUGACAUGAAGCGAUUGUAAAACUGUCUCCGGUUUUCUCUGGUUUAUUAAAAUGCUAACUAUAACAUUUUUUUGUGAAUACUUUGAAUGUUUCCUAACAGUUGUGAUGUUAUUGUUCUGUUUUAUGCUUAUUCCGAGUUCAUUUUGAAUGGUUUGGAAGCCAUUUUUGUAAUGAAUAAAUGUCCAUGCUGUACAGUAUCUGUAGCAUGCUGUUCUGGAUUAAUAAAAGCAACUUAGUAUGUGCAGA